AUGAGGUCCGAUCUGCCGGUUGAUAUGGGAUCUAGUUUCCGCCGUGCUGGGGAACGAUUAAGGUCCAUCGCAAAGAUGAAUCGCUGGGCGAAAACCCAGUAUGAAGGAAAAUCCGGCGAUACAGACACCAUUACCAACUGCUAUCUCCUUGCGCUACCGACCGAGCUGCUCCUGGAAAUCAUUUCUCACCUGUCGGUGCUGCCCGAGGCAUGUCUGGCGCUGACCUGUAAACGUCUCUACUCGAUAUGCGGUGCUACCCUGGGCGCCAAACCCCUCCAUUUCAGUCGAGACUUUGCACCGCUUUUCCACCACUACCGAAAUGGACACAAUUUCGUCACACCACGUUGGCAAUUUAUAAAUUUGCUAGAAGAUAAUCGGUGGCGGGCAUGUUCUCGAUGCUUGAAACUCCACCCACGGAGCUUCUUUCCCGCGCGAGAGCUGAAACGAAAGUCCGAGGAUAGAUCAUGCAACCUAGGGAGUUCGGCAGGCAUAGUAGACCUGUGUCCUUGCAAGAAGUUGACCUUCCAGGAUAAAGUGGAGCUUGUCAAACUCUUGAGGGUACGGCGAAAAACGAUCACAGAUUUGGCGAUCCAGUUUGGUUCCGGGAUGAAGCAGCAGCGUUUCUGCUGGCAUAGUUGCACCGAGGACUACGGAUCGACCCAGCUAGAUAUUGAGAUAUAUCCUGAGCUGGACGACGAAGACCAAUUGAAGAUCAAGACAGAAUACCGCUUGCGCACGGGUUCCGGCCAGCUCGGCAAAGAGGAGCAUAUGACGCCGCGGUUUGGAUGUGCUCACCGGUCCGUUGACUUAUGGCUUUCGAGUGUCUGCCAAACGACUCUCUGUCGCCUUUAUGACAACCAGUGCGCGUCCUGCAAGCGAAUAUCCGUAUGUAAUACAUGCAAUGCCUCACUCAGGUGUCCUCGCAAACAGCCAUGUCGAGUGGACGAUGAAACGGGACAAGCAACAUACCAUUUCUAUACUGAACGGUGCUUGGGAGGAUCGGGGCCUGUACCAGAUCAGACAUGGGCAGCGCAGCGAAUCCAUCCCGCGGAGAAUCUGAUCGACGUCGCAAACUGCAGUGAGCUAUGCCCGUGGACGAUCCGAGAACAUCCACCUUUGGAAGAAGCCCCGUCUCUGGAGAUGAAUAUCCUCAAUCCCGCUAUACAGGAUCAGUCGAUGAAUCAGCUGUAUACCUCGAUCACUAGAGAGGGUGUCAACGGAAAGACCCAUACAAUCAAUGCACAUGAUAUAACGCUCUGUAUGCAUUUUCGAAAGAAUGGAUACAGAGCGCAGUGGAUUGAUGAGCAUUGUCUGCGUCCUGGGGCGAUGAGCUACCCACCACCCCAUAACGGCCCAUAUCCUUCGCAGUAUAUGCAGCAACCCCCCAAUCUGCCGCAUCACCAGCAGACCAUCCACCCGCAGCAGCUACUGUACAACAACAAUGUCAACACGAGCGCUUCGCCAUAUCAAUAUGGGAAGCCGGUGGUCUAUCCCCAGGUCAUGAUCCCGGCGUAUCCUGCUUACGCGCAGACUUAUAACCCGCAGCCGCCGCAACAACAGCAACCUCCUCCUCCUCCACCUCAACAGCCUCCACCCCAGCAGCAGCCGCAACAGCAAUAUGUGAAUCCGUCGGAUCUGUUCAACCCACCACCGCUUGCUUCUACCUCGCCUCCCCAGUUCACCAAUAGUCCGUCUCAAUAUGCCGCACAACCAGCGGUGUCUGUUGCAGGCAACAGCCGCUCCCCAGUCCUCCCUACUUCUACCCCCGCCCCAUCCACGUACUAUGCCGCCCCAGAUCUAAACCAAGCGAAUCAAACUCCCAACAAUUACCCUCAACCUACAUCUACGACGCCCUCAGUUCAAGUCCCGACCCCCGCUGCUGCUGCUGCCCCUGCGGCUGCGUCUCCUGCCCCUCCUCCUACUGCUAAACCUGUUGCUGCCAAACCCGUCCCUGUUAAGCCCGCCGCGGCCAAACCUGUCGCUCAAACUCCCCCAGCACCAUCUCCUAAGCCUGUCCAGGUGUUAAUUCCAGCUCCUACCCCAGAAGUGCAGCAGAAGAUCCAGCGCCCUCCCCCUAAGAAGCAAGUGCAGCGACAAACUGGCCAAAAACCUACCCAAAAAUCAGCAGGCGCGCCGAUCGACUAUCAAGUGCUGCUGUUGGCCAUGGCUGAUGAGUAUCUGAAUGCUGCUCACAGUCAUGGCACGUUGGUAGCCUUGUUAAGACGGGAAAUGGAGAUGGACGAGUAUUACAAAUUAGUUGCUACAGGUCUUGGUUGCUUGGAAGCCGUUCUCAAGAACUGGCGGCUUCAGCCCCGGGUUGAAGCUCUAGUCCGAUUACGCUAUGCCCGUAUAUUGUUCGAGGAAACAGACAACGACCUUGAAGCGGAGACAGCAUUAAGCAAAGGUAUUGACCUUUGCGAAAGGAAUCGGAUGCUUGAUUUGAAAUAUAGCAUGCAGCAUUUGUUGGCGCGAAUGCUGUACAAGACAAAUCCAAAGGCCUCGCUGAAAGCUGUUGAUGGGAUGAUUCAAGAUGUCGAAGCGUAUCGCCACUCCGCCUGGGAAUACGCUUUUCGUUUUCUUCGAGUGUCUCUUUCACUUUCCUCAUCGGCCCAUCAAGAUUCAGUGUCGGCACUGCAACACCUUCACAAGAUUUCCACCAUGGCCAGCCGCAAUGGCGAUAGGGCUGUCUCAGCCAUGUCUGCGAUAAUUGAAGCUCUAGCGCACCUUCAGCAAGGAUCCGGGUUUGACUCGGUCGAGCAAGCCCAGCGUGCAGUAGCAGUAGCGCGGAGUCACCAACUCAACGACGAGCUCCGACAUAUUCCACAGCUAACGACUCUAGUCCAAAUUGUCGAUAUUUGCUGCAGUCUACUUGAAUACGACAUCAAUCAAUCAUCGCAAAAGCUGAAGAUGCUGCAAGAUUUGAUGGACGAACGCUUAAACGACUCGAAUUGGCGCAGCGAUGGAUCAUUCUCAAUCCCAUUGAAUGGCAAGUCGGCCGGACCGUCUUCCAUUGACACCGGGGACAUCCUCCAGGUCCAGAGUGGCACGCUGCUGUUAAGCUUCAAUUGGCUACCUCAGCACGAUCUCUACGCGCUUUGCUACUUCCUCAGUUCGAUCACACUGAGUUGCAAGAAUUCGUAUGAUGGACGCAAGGCAGAGAAGUUCCUGCAGGAGGGCACUCGAAGUUUCAAGGCGCCACAAGAGAUCACAGAAUCGGUGGUAAGUGCGAACAGACGCGUUCAGUGGCGCAGGAUUCUCUACUGCAACCUGCUCGUUCAGCAGGUUUUCCUUGCUUGCGGUCGCACAGAUUGGGAGCUAGCCAGCAAAACAUUGAAGGAACUUCAAGAAGAAGGUCAGGAGCUUGGCGACCAGCUCCCAGAUACCGUUGAGUGCCUAAUGGAGUAUGCUACUGGUGCUAUUGCGCAAGCAACCGGCGACCUCACCGCAGCUCUGAACGCCUUUCAAUCCCCUCUUCUCUCAUUAUCCACGAAUUUCAGCAAGACGGCGCGCAAUGAGCCACGCCGCGACAUCGCCAUUCUCGCCGCUCUCAACACCGUCCUCAUCCUCCGCGAUCCCACCCAUCCCUCUCACUCCCACCUACCCGCCGUCUUAUCUACUGUGGAAUCCUUCUGCACUGGCAGUCCCAACAAGUACAUCCAAGCAGCAUACUACCUGGUCUGCGCCACCGUCCAGACCGAGUCCACGAUCCAAACGAAGCAAUACCUACAACAAGCCCUCCAAUCCGCCACGGCAAUCAGCAACAGCCAAAUCACCUGCAUGACCCUAACCUUCAUGAGCUGGAAAUACUUCCGUGGCGUCGUCGGCGAACAAGCCGAGAAAAGUGCCCGAGCGGGCCGCGCCAUGGCUAAGAAAGCCAACGAUCGGCUCUGGGUCAGCGUCACCGACGAAAUGCUAGCCGAAACGCUAGAGCGUCAAGGAAAGAACGAGGAGGCCAAGGGUGUACGGGAAGAAGGUCAUCGCGUAAUGAUGGGAUUGCCGUCUGCUUUGAAGAGGCCUGUAUGA